AUGGCGUCUGUACUUCUCAAACUUUCCAUCUUCUUCAUUCUCGCUGUCGCUGCUAUCGCGCAGUGUCCUGCCCCUCAACUCCCAGUCGUUGACCUGGGCUACGAACUGCAUCGGGCCUUUUCCCUUAAUGCAUCCACCGGACUGUACAACUUCACCAACAUCCGCUACGCCGCUCCCCCACUGGGCAACCUGAGAUUCAGAGCCCCGGUCCCCCCCGCCGCCGAGAACCGCUCACUGAUCCAGACUGGGGCGCGUGGUCGCGUGUGUCCCCAGGCCAAACCACUCUGGGAGACCAUUGCCCCGGGAUUCCUGUCGAACUAUCUCACUGGUCAGCCCUUUGAUCCGUCACUCGAUGUUCCAACUCUCAAUAUCUCGCUUAAUAUGAAGUUACCCGGCUUGGACCCGCGCAUCACGGAGGACUGUCUCUUUCUGGACGUUGUAGUGCCAAAGAAGGUCUUCGACAGGACUCAGAAUAAGAAUGCGACGUCCAAGAGGGGACUCACACUCGCGCCUGUUCUGGUGUGGCUCUACGGUGGAGGGUACUCAAAUGGCGACAAGAGUGGCGUCUCUCCGGCCGGUUUGAUCGGGCGUGACCAGCAGUCUGGACGUGAUGGGUUUGUCUUCGUCGCCAUCAAUUAUCGCGUUGGCGCUUUCGGUUGGCUCGCAGGCGACGGUGUUGGCAGGGAUGGCACAAUCAACGCCGGGCUGCACGAUCAACGCCUAGCUCUCGAAUGGGUCCAAACUAACAUCCACCUCUUCGGCGGCGAUCCCACCCGCGUCACCGUCAUGGGCAUCUCCGCAGGAUCCGGCUCCCUCAUCCACCAGAUCACCGCAUACGGCGGCAGAAAGGGCCCCGCCCCCUUCAAGCAAGCCAUCCUGCAAAGCCCCGGCUGGCAGCCCAAGCUCUCGCGCGCCGACCAGCAGAACGCAUACCGGGAAUUCCUCCACAUGCUGAGCGUCAAAACCCUCGACCAAGCGCGCAACAAGUCUUCCGCGGCUCUAAUCCGAGCCAACGUCCUCCAGAUCGCCGCCUCCCCUUACGGCACGUUCACCUACGGACCGACCAUCGAUGGAGACUUCGUGCCCAGGCUCCCAGGCCAGCUCCUAGCAGGCGGACAAUUCGACCACGAACUCAACAUCAUGACCUCGCACACCGCGAACGAAGGCCUCAUGUUCACCGCGCCCUACAACUUCUACCCCGACGGCCUCACCCGCCUCCUGCGCACAAGCCUCCCAGGCAUCCUGGACAGGGUCAUCGAUUUUGCAAUCAACACCGUGUACCCCGCUGUAUUCGACGGCGCAAACCCCUACAAGGACGCCAUCCAGCGUGCGGCUCUAGCCGUCGGUGACGUCGUCUUCCAGUGCAACACGAACUGGGUCAGCCGCGCGUAUGGAAACCGCACCUACGCUUACUUGUUUGAUAUCGCUCCUGCGCUGCACUCGUCGGACACUCUGUACACGUUCUACCCCGAGCAGGGUAAUUCUGUCUCAGAGGGCAAGAUUGCUAAUGUCUCUGUUGCGUUCGCGAUCCAGGAUUACAUCACUUCGUUUGUGCAUGACGGUAAACCGCAUUCGUCAAUUGGGCCUGUCUUCGAGGAGUAUGGUUCCGAGGGGCAUAUCAUGGACCUGAAGGUGAAGGAUAUUACGGUUGUGAGGGAUCCGACUCAGAAUGAGAGGUGUGAGUUUUGGCAGCCUGCGCCGUUCUAUGGGGGUGCUUAG